AUGAAAUUUUCAAUUUUGCUGGAGUUGAUAAUCCUCCAAUAUCUAGUAAUAUACUUUAUCCCCUACAUACUCUUCAUACUACUCAUAACUUUAUCUAAUAUCCUCUCUUUCACAAAAUUUGCUUCAAAGACAAUACAUUUGAAUUUUAACUAUGAAUCAAUUGAUAAUCCUCCCUUUAUACUAUUGAAUUUAGAAAACACCUUAUAUAUUCCAAAACUAAAAGCUCACUUUGAUUUAAAUCAAAUUUAUAACAUCAACCUAAAAUUCCUUGAUCUUUUACCAAACUCAAAUGAUUAUCACUAUGUUCAAAAUGAACCCAUUAUGAUUAAACUAUCCAUUAUACCAAACCAGUUUCUUCACAAUUUAAAACCUGUUCACAAUAUUAAUACAGAAAAAGAUUGGAACAACAUCAGAAUUUGGCCAAUAACUGAGAACAAAAACUCUUUCUCGCUUGAUUCUAAACAAAACCAUUCUCUGCUUGAGUACGACGAUUCUUCAGUGUUUGUUGUAACCAAAAAAUCAUUUAUUCAUUCUCUCAUUCCUAAUCGUCGUCGUAAAUACAAUAUAGACUUGUUUGACGAAAAUAUUGACUCGUUUAGUGAUUUUCUUGCUUUCAAUUCCUUUAUCAAAUGGUCUUUUAAAGAAAUCGAGACCAAUCCUAUCCAAGCAUACACAAAUAAUUAUAACCUAAUAAUUGAAUUCAAUAAAAUCAAUUUACUCAUCAUAGACUCUACCUUAAAUUUGUCAUUUCACAAUCAAAAUAAUACAACUUGGGAAUUUUAUAUAUUUACACUAUCAGCUCUCUUUUGGUUCCAAAUAGUUUAUGUUUAUGGGGAAAUUCUAAUCCUAAAGCUUAAUACAACAUUAAUCUCACUUAUCAAAUUUUUAAUAUCAAUACCCAGUUUUAAAGCUAUCGAGAUUUUUCAACAAACCAUUUUAAUUCUUAAUUUCAAAGAAGCUGAUUCCAAAGAAAUUUACAAUGAAAUGGCCAAUGGCAUCGAUUAUAAUUCAGAUACCAAUGGUCUGUCAAACGAAUCGGAUAAUGAAAUUUUACUAUCUAUAACUCACAAAGGAAACAAUGUAACUGAUCAAAAUAGAACCCCUCAAAGAAAUUCGAGAGUUGGCAAUAAUUUGAAACUGAAAAUUUAUUCAACAGUUGCUUCUCUCUCCACUUCAAGUACAAAAUCAAAAGACAAUAAUGAUAACUUCAGGACUGAUAAUAAUUCAAUAACUACUUUUCAUGGAGCUAAUCAUGUUGGAACAUUCAAUUAUGACGAUUCAGCAAUUGAAGAAAAUAAUUUUGAACUCUUAGCAGAAAAUGGGUUGGAUUUGGUUUCAAAUACGUCUGAAGUUACACUAACUGAUGGUCCCAACUUAACACUACCAUACACUUCACAGAUUGCACAAGAUAACACUACAAAAGGAGCUCACACUGUUUUAAACCAAGUUAUUUUUGAUUUUGAUUUUAGUAGCAAUGUUUCAAAUGAUAGUAGUUUAGAUUCUAAUGAGAGUAUUUCUGAUCCUUUAAAAUCCUUCAACAUCAACAGCUCUUUCGCUGGUCAGUUUUCCAACUCCACAAGUGCUCUAAAUUCUUUAAAUGCUCCAAAUGAUCAGAGCAAUAUUAAUGCUGCAGAAAAGAAUGAUGUGAACACAAUCCCUAGAGCAGAUACUAUAACUAAUUGCAGCCAAUAUAAAGAGAGUUCAAAUUCAUUUACCUCUCUGCAAUCUAGAAAUAGUUUGCCAUCAAAUGAUAAUAAUAAGCACUCUCCCACUGAUUUUUCACCAGAUUCAAAGCCCAUCAAGCAAGAAUGUUGCAAACCAAGAAUCAGGGGAGCUCGUUCUAAACAAGCUCUACAACCAGCGAAAGAUACUCUCACUUCAAGAUUUGCAGAAGCUGAGUAUCCUGAUUAUUCUGAGAGCAGUCAUAAACCAGUUCAAAGCAACAAAUCUAAUCCAAAGCAAGACAUUGAUCUCCAAAACACAAUUCAUGCUAUGUUAAAUCCGCAGCUUAAUCUUUCAGUUUUGAAAAACAUUACUACAAAUCAAAAUUUCAUAAUCCAAAAUAAACACAAAUGUUCAUCAACUUCUAAUAGCAAUAAUGAUAAAAAUAAUGAUGAUUUAAUCAACGAUGAUGUGUUGGUUUCCAAUGAUUUUUCACUUCUUUUAAUUUAG